AUGCAUGCUAUUCAACUGCGUCUUAACAACACUGGAUUCCGGAUGAAAGUAUUGCAAGCUUGUGUUAAUUACCAACCUGAAUGGUGUGAUGCACGCCCUCUGCACGGCAGCCGGCGCUACGCCUGCAAAUUUUGUUGUCCGAGCCUCAAAUAUGCUGUCCGAAUUUACCUGGACUCCACCGCCGGAUAUGAGUCUUUUCUGGCCGAAUUCUUAACAGCCAUCAGCACAAUGCUUAUAGUGGUAACAACAGCUACUGGUAAUGUACUUGCGACGGCAGUAGAGGCGUUCCUCGGCGGUAUGGUAACCGAAGGCCUCAACGCUAUGUCACAGCCGGGUAACUACGCUCAGAAAAACUUGAGCACCGAAGCUUCAGACUGGGCAGGCAGUCUCCGCUCCCAUUACACUGACAUGUGGAAGAAUACCAUAGACAGGGGCCACGAGGACAUGUUGAAACUCUUUGACCAUGGAGUCUUCCUAGCUCAGCAGGAUAUUCCCAUUGUCAGCCCAGCCGCAGACAAUCAGAUCACAUUGGGUCAGGUGGAGGGGUAUGUACUUAUGUAUGGGAUGCGGCUUUGGUGGAUAAGCUCUGGACUCAAGAUGCGGUGCUUUUAA